AUGUCGGCUCUUCAUGGUGGCUGCUCCGAUUUCUCGGAUGACUUCUCUGGGGACGCCGAAGUCGAAUACAUGCCUGCUCCAGCCCCAGUGCAGAAGCCAAGACAAAGCAAGACAGGAGCAGACGCCGAGCCAGUAACCACCGGGGUUUUUAAAACUUUACUGGCAGAUCUGCAAAAGAACAUUCUAACGGAUGUAACAGCACUCCGAGGUGACUUACAAGGCCUGGCAGGCCGCGUUAGCACGCUGGAGGGAUCCACCCAAGCUAACCAGCAGAACAUUGCCACACUACAAAAGGCCGUGCAUGACCUACAACAGCUGAAUCGGAUGUAUGAACACCGCUUUGCGGCCCAGGAAGAUGCUAGACGGAGACACAAUCUAAAAGUUAGACGGGUCCCGGAGGAAGUGCUGGAGGCAGAGCUGCCGCAUGUACUAAGGUGCAUGUUUACAGCCAUAUUGCCACCUGGGCAGGCCAUCAGCCCUGCAGACUUCUUUAGGGUUCCAAAACCUACCAGGGCACCAGCCACAAGGGACACCAUAGUCACCUUCUGCAAUGGGAAGGACAAUGCAGCGGUCCUCACAGCCCUACAUGGUAAAACUCCCCUCCGUUUCGAGAACAUGGCACUAACUUUCUUCGACAACCUGUCCAGUGGAAUCCUAGUGUGGCACAGGCUACUCUGA